GAAAAAUUUUGCUAUAGAUCAUGAAAAAAAUUGAAAAGUCCCUUUCUCUUUCUCUCUUUUUACAAUGAAGUAUCUCGCCUCCUACCUUCUUCUCGUUGCCGGUGGUAAAACCUCUCCCUCUGCCGCUGAUGUCAAGGCCCUUAUGGCUUCUGUUGGCGUUGAAGCCGAAGAAGAACGUUUGACCUCUUUGAUCUCUGCUCUUGAAGGCAAGAACAUUGAAGAGCUCACUGCUGAAGGUUUGGAAAAGAUGUCCUCUGUUCCUACUGGUGGUGCUGUUGCUGCUGCUGGUGCUGCCUCUUCUGGUGCUGCUGCUGAUGCUCCUGCUGCUGAAGCCGCUGCUGAAGAAAAGGAAGAAUCUGACGAUGAUAUGGGUUUCGGUCUCUUUGACUAAACAAUUAUCACCAUGCGUAAUAAAUAACACCUUGCUUCUUAUUUUUUUCCGUGCUGUGUGUUGAACAAAAGAGUGAUCAAUGGACAAUUUUUUUCUAGAAUAGACACCUUUCUUAUUUUCGAGACGAAUGCAUGUCAAAUUGAUCUAAGUUGAUGAACGAAAGGACCAGACGAUAUUGAAGCAAGUUUAAAUCGAGAAGAAAAAGAUGCUUGAUGAUGACAAAGACAUAUGUCUUGAAAAAGAAAGCUAACUGCUUCUUUCGUCAAUUUGCUGUACAUAAUUUGAUGCUCGCCCAACUUUAUUGAAAUGAAUACUGACUGAGAAUCCUCAACCUUCCAGUGAAUAUAUAUGGUAGAAUGCUACUUUACCAUUGAUUUUUUUAUGCUAAUAAGUCAAUUUCGCGUCAAAUAACGAUACUAUAUUAUCAAGCGUCUUCAUUAUACACUUUCGAGGUUUUCUUCAC